AGACUGUAGAGGCUGAGCUGCCCGGCGCCCGCCACACAGGCUCCAACUCCGAAUCCUCAGCGCUCACAUUCAUCUCACAUCAUGAGGCCAGGGAGACUACCUAAUAGUAAUAAGAGGAGCUCCUACACCGUAAUCCGAAAGGAGUCCCCCUUCACUAUCAGAACAGAGGAGUACAUAAAUUCCAAGUACCUCGGGCCUUCUGGGUUGCAUCGUUUGGAGACCCAGCAGGCGUGCAUUUGGCAUUAAUACUCAGAAGAGUACAUCGUUGGAUUUUGCAUCUUCAAACACGUUACAAUCAUAAUGAAUCCAGAGAUGAUCAAGUUUGCCGCUGAGCAGAUGCAGCGGAUGUCGCCAGAGGAGAUUGCAAGAAUUCAGCAACUUGCAGCAAGUAUGGAUCCAAGCGUGAUGGCUUCUGCUGCACGGAACAUGCAAUCCUUGAGACCCGAGGACAUGAGGAUGGCAAGCGAGCAGUUGAAGCAAUUCUCACCUGAGCAGCUCAAGGAGAUGGGGGCUGGUAUGGAAAACUCAGAUGACCUACUGCGGAAUGCUGCGAUUCUUGAGGAACAUACAGGAGCUCGUCGUCAGUAUGACUUGAAGGUAGCGCAGAAGCUAAAAGCUGAGGGAAACCAACUUGUCUCCUCUGGCAAGCAUGGGGAAGCAUCCCAAAAGUAUCUGAAGGCCAAGUCGAAUCUGGAGGGGCACGAAUCUGUGGAAGCACGGACGUUGAAAACAUCCUGUUCCCUUAACCUGCUUAUCUGCUAUCUCCGGACUGGACAGAACGAGGAAGCAGUCCGGGAAGGGUCAGAGGUCCUGCGGACAGAUCCAAGCAACUUGAAAGCUCUGUAUCGAAGAGGUCAAGCCCACAGAGCAUUGGGGAAGCUGCAGCUAGCCCUUACCGACCUGAAGAAGGCCUCCCAAAUAGACCCUGACGACGAGACAGUUCGAAACGCCGCUCAGGAAGUGAAGGAGGCUCUGGCGAAGCAACGUUCAGAGAGCUCCGAGCCCGGGAUCCACAGCGAAGUUGAGUACAGAGUCCCCAGUUGCAGAGCCUACCAAAAGAGCGGCUACAACCUCAAGUGCGCCAACGGGUGCAGAAACUUUAGGAGCUCCUCCUAG